AUGGAUCCUCCAGUAAAGGUUGUACGACAUUGUUUAACAUGUAACAGCCAAGCACAAGGACAUUUAAGAAAUCUGAGAAAUGUUGCUAUGCGAAACAUCAUGUUUAAAGAGCAUUUUGAAGUUUUAGAGUGUGAUUUACAGGAGUUGAGCAAUGACAGAUUUGUAAUGUGUGAAGCAUGUAUGAAAAAUUUGGAAAAAGUGUUCACGAUUAAAACUGUCCUAAAGAAAAACUUGGCAGAUAACAAGUUAAUUCAGGAGAGGAGAAAGCGUAUGAUUUUACAUUCUGUUUCACCAGUAGUAAAGAAGUUUGUACGAAACAGACUAACUCCAGUCAAACCUCGAAAAAGUGUGAAGCAAAUGUUAAAGAUCAACACAGAAAAAGAAUGCCCUUUAGAAACUGUAAGUUUAGAAGCUCCUUCAGAACAAAAUGCGACAAGUGAUCAUUUAUACAGUGCACCAAUAAAUACCACCAGCCAAGCUGAGCAUACAUAUGCAGCAAAUAAUUUAAGGGACAAAUCACCUGGCAACUUAAAUCCAUAUCAUUCACAUAAGAAGAAUGUUUUGUGUCCAUUACUGAUAUCCAAGGGGUCAAAGGAAUUGUUAGAGCAAGCUGUUAAUAACAUGUCACAGGGUAUUAUUUCAGCAGAAGAAAUGUUAGAAGCAAUCGUUAGCAUUCCUUUAGUAUUUGAAAGACUAUGGCAGAUUAUUGUGCUCAAAAUAUCAGUUGAAAUGGACCAAAUUUGUAGCUUAAAACAGCCAAGUGUCCUUAGGUCAAAAGUAACAGACAUUAAGGUAGAGACAUUCUUUCGGGACAUACUGUUAGAGAUGCAUGAGCGUUGCCCUAGAGCUUUGGACUUUCUGAUGUUCAUGGCAUGCCCAGUUCAGCUAAAAAUGCCAGAAGAAAGCUACGUCAUCCAAGCUAUGUAUGUUAUGGCCAUGUACUCCAGAAACUGCCAGCUGAUAGCAUUCCAAAAAUGUGUUGCUGCCUCAUGUAUCAGAUAUAAUGCAGGGAAUGGUUUACUUGGGCUAAUGCACACCAUGGGUCUAAGCGUCCCUGAACAAACCAAGCUGACCCUGUUGGAUGAACUUGGAAAAAUUAAUGGAAAGGAAGUCAUCGCUGUUCUCAAUCAAGGAGAAACAUUGAAGAUAACCGUGGACAACAUUGAUGGAAGGAUUAAAGCUAAUCAGGUGAGGUUGGAUGGUGGGAACAGAGAUUUUCACUACACACAUUGGUCUGUCAUUAUAGACAGAUUUCACCCCAGAGACCUCCAGGACCCCAGCAUCGAACCAAAGGCAGUUUCUGCUGGUGGACCUGACCCAAAGACUUUCUUCUUGUCGAAAGAGGAACAUGCAUCAUUGAGAAAAUGCUACUCCUGGCUGGUUCAGAGGAUUCUCAUAGAAGAUGUACCAGCACUAUCAGUCUUCUGUUUAGUUGUUCAUCCAGUGCUGAACCACAAGUACAGAAAAGUAAUUGACAGACCAACAGAUGUAUACCAUAUGUUUGUGAUUAUGAAAGACCCUAAAUCCUUAACAAAUUGUGUUCAAAUAAUGGACACAAUUUUGGGGACUUUACAAUCUCUUUAUACAACUGCUGGAAGAGAUGUUGAUGAGAAUGGUGAGCCUGUUCAUGCCAGCAUGAUGACUACUGUGCGUGUCCCAGUAGAUUCCAUUGUGUUACAUAUUGCAGGCGUUGAUGAGAAUGGUGAGCCGGUUCAUGCCAGCAUUUUGACUGCUGUGCGUGUCCCAGCAGAUUAUAUUGUGUUACAUAUUGCAGGCGUUGAUGAGAAUGGUGAGCCGGUUCAUGCCAGCAUGUUGACUGCUGUGUGUACCCUCGCAGAUUAUAUUGUGUUAAAUAUUGCAGGAGUUGAUGAGAAUGGUGAACCUGUUCGUGCCAGCGUAUUGAGUGCUGUGUGUACCCUCGCAGAUUCAAUUGUGUUACAUAUUGCAGGUGUUGAUGAGAAUGGUGAACCUGUUCAUGCCAGCAUGUACAAGUAUCUGUGGAUUAUUGGAGGGAAAGAGUUCCAUGAAUUUCCCGACUACACGUUCGAAGAUCACAAUGGUAAACUCACACCUUCGUAUGGACCCCGGGUGAUGGUCAGAGACUACAUGGAGGGUAAAUGGUCCAAGGGUGCAGGUGGUAAAUUAAAGGACUACAUCAAGUUCAAUACUGCAGUAAGAUACGUGAAGUAUGAAAAUGAAACGAAGACGUCCAUUGUCACAGUGGAAGACGUGGCCAAAAAGGAAACAAGAGAAGAAACCUUUACCCACGUCAUUGUAGCUUCGGGAAUCUACAGCUUCCCUAAUACACCAACGUUUCCAGGAAUUGAAAGCUUUGGUGGCCGGGUUAUUCAUUCUCACGAUUUACGGAGUGCUCGGCACUUCCAUGGGCAGAGGGUUCUGGUCAUUGGUGCUGCUUAUUCCGGUGAAGACAUUCCUACCCAGCUAAUCAAAUUUGGAGCCCAGAACGUAACUCUCGCCUUUAGACGGCAGCCAAAAAGAUACCGCAACCACUUUCCGUUUUUGGAAAGCCGAUUCCGAAUUGACGAUGAGACCCAUCCUUACCCAGCAGGACUGUACAAUGGAACGCUCUUCCAUAAGGAGGGAAACAACAAUUUGUUUUACAUUGGAGUACUUGAGCAGUUCCAUACUUUCACGUAUUGUGAGGCCCUUGCUUACUGGACUUGCAGGUUUAUUCGGGGCGAUUUUAAGCAGGAGCCAGUUUCACGAGAGGAAAUGCAGAAGAGCGCAGACGAGUGGCACCAGUUAGCCAAUGAGUGCAAGAAUGAGCAUGAUAUUGUUCGCUUCCAGGCGAGAGUAAUCAAACAUCUUGUGGAGGCAGCCGACUACCCGUAUCCGGAGAUAUGUCAGAUGGAACCGCUGCUUUUGGAGUGA